CACAGUUCACUCUUUUCUUCACUUCAGAGCCGCGUCCAAACUCGCCAAAUUUCAGGCGAGUGAGCUCAAAUUCACCCCACGCACCCCCCAUCUCUCCACGUCACCUAAUAUUCUAACGGCCUCUGACAGAUUUUCGUCUCUCAUGUGCUUUCUUGAGAAUGAAUUCCGAAAAAUGGGGACCGUGGAUUCAUUUUGAAUCGAUCCCCUCUCUCCAUCUGUCUGGAUUCGUUCUAGAGAGGAAUAUUUUCGGAUUUUGAGGAAGCUUCUAGGUUUGGGUAUAAAAGGGGUGCUCUGAACAGAUUGAGGGGGGGGGAUUUUUGGAGAGAUUUUUCAAAGAGGUUUUUUUCGGAGGAGGGAGAGUUUUUCAGAGGAUUUUUCAGAAAUUAGGGAGGAACGUUUUUUCAGAAACUUGAGAAGUUUCAAGAGGGUCUUCAUCUGAACUUCUGAUUUGUUUAAUUUCAUUUCUUUAAAUUUCAGAAUCAAAAAAUAAAAAUAUAUAUAGUUCAGUCUUCUUCAGUUUAUUUUUUCGAAAUUUUGGUUUUCAACAUGGAAAUUGAUUGAGCCGGAAAUCAAGUUCGACAUUCAAGUUCGGUUGCUGAUUUGUUUCCUGUUCGUCAGCUGUUGUUGCUUCAAGUAUCCAUUGCUGGAUUUAGCUGAGUUUAAGUGAAUAAUUUCACAAAUUUCAGGUACAAAUGAAUACUGUCCAGGAAUCAUCGCAAUCUAUCAUAGAACGGUCUCGGUUGCAGCUUCGCAGGUGGUGGGAUGAUUUAGAUGAAGAUGGCCGAGGUUGGGUGAAAGAACAAUUGGGCUCCCUGAUAGACAUCAUGUACAUCAAACCCCGGGAGGAUUUAAUCGAAGCCUUGGUAGCCUUUUGGGACCCCGUCCACAAUGUGUUCUAUUUCUCAGAUUUUGAGCUCAACUCCACUUUGGAAGAAAUAUCCGGGUAUAUUGAUUUUGGCCAAGAGUUAAGAAAGCAGCAACUCAUAUUCCCCAGGGCUCCCUCGGUGCACAAGUUCUUCGAUCUUCUGAAUAUCAGCAAACAAAUGAACAAGGCCUACGUGAGUAAAGGGUGUUGUUCUUUCUGUUUCUUGUAUUACAGGUUCGGGCACUCAGCUGGGUUUGAAACACAUGAAAAGGGGUUGAAUAACAGACAAGACAAGAGCAUAUGGCAAAUCCAUCAUCGAUUUACUUUCAUCGUGGCAUUUCUAGGGGUCAUGAUCUUUCUGAAUGCGGAGGGCACUAUAGACGUUCGUAUGGCCAGAAUCGCACAGGUCCUCAUCGACAAAAAAGAUCACACACUUGUCCCAUUAGUGCUGGCAGACAUUUACUGGGCAUUAACCUUGUGCAAAUCUGGGGCUCAAUUUUUCGAAGGUUGUCAAGUUCUUCAUCAAAUGUGGAUGAUCGAACACCUUUGUUGUCAUCCUAAGUUCAUGAGAUAUGCUUCGGACAGGAACAAUUUCAUCAAAAAGUAUGAGGAAAGGGUGGAAGACUACAAACCGCCCGAAGGGUUUGAAGCUUGGGUUUCCUAUUUGAGAAAAUUGAGAGCAAAUCAAAUUGAAUGGACCAUAGGAUGGCUCCCAGAAACAAAAGUCAUAUACAUGACCGCUUCAAAGGGCUACUUUAUGAUGAUGGGAGUGAGAAGUAUACAACCAUAUGCACCACAAAGUGUUCUGAGAUAACUAGGAAGAUAUCAGGUGAUACCCGAAGAGGCAGAUCUAAGCACCCAAGUCAUUGAAUUAAACCCAGAAGCAACGCUACCCGAGGCUUUAGUUCAAAGGGAAUGGAAUGGCUGUCAGUAUCUAAAAAGUGACACCCAGGUACCAGACCCAUCUAAGGGCGAAGUUGAUCCCAAUUAUGCUACUUGGUUUGAAAGAAGCUUUUAUGUGAACAAGAGCCGAAGCCCGAACCCGAGAGGCCCGCUAAAAGGCCUUAUGUUCAAGCCUUUGAUGACAAAAUUCAGGAAAGAUUAGCUUGGGGGGAAAGGAAAAGAAAUAUCAAGCCAGCAUUCACGUUUUGCGAGAAGAGUUGAGAAAUGUCACCUUCAACAAUGAUCUACAGGCGCAAGAGGCCGAGGGUGAGAGGAAAAGGUUAGUUCAAGAAAAUGAAGCUCUCAGAGCCCAGGUUCGACAGCUGAGAAUAGCAGCCGAGAAUCCAAGCAGAAGCAGGAAAGAAGAAAGGCUCAUUUACAACCUUACCCAAAAUGUGCGUGACUGUGAAGAUGACCUACAGAAAGCCGAGUCUGAACUAGCCAAAGUACGAACAAAGUUGGCUAAAAAUGCAGAGUGGUGUGAAGCUUUCGUUCAAUAGAUGAAAUAAAGAUAUGAAAGAGGGGUCACAGGUUGGGAAAAGGAGAUUAGCAACCUUGAAAGUAAUAUGGCUAAACAAGCCAAGAGUUUCAAAGCCGAGAGAGAACAUUGCUAUGCUUUGAUGGCACAGUUAGAGGGAGACCUACAACACUUGCAAGAGCAAAAUCAUACCGCAACCCAGAUAUUAGAGGCUAGAUCCCAGCACAUUGGGCAUUUGUUGCAAGAAAAGGGCAUCAUAAGGGAAAGGGUCAGAAGGAUCGCCGACUACAUCACGAUGAAAUGCAGUGAGUGCGAGGACAUGACUAGUUCCAUGUUUUUCGCCAUUGUAAUGACCUUUGUCCACUAGAUAAUAGAGGAUCUCUACCAUCUCUAAGGGGAUUUGGCGCGUAGCCCCGAGGCGAGACCGACUGAUGUCCCCCAGGCCCCAGGGGCAGUUGAGGCAUUGAUGUAUUCAUGAUUUUUACUUGAGUCUAUAUUUUCUUUUUGUUGGAGUCUGUUAGUCUAUUUUCGAGUCUGUAUUUUUAUCUUUCGGUUGGAGUCUAUUAGUUUCCCUUUUCGAGUCUAUUAGUUUUUAUGAUU